AUGGUGUGGCAUGAGCGGAAUGCAAAAGCAGUGUCAAGCAAAAUGGUGGAAGCCACGUGUGUACCCAAACACAAGGAAGAGAAGCCUGACUUGCUGGCUAGGUUGGACGAACUAUUCAAUGCAUUCUGGAGAAAAUUGGCACUCAGGGAGCAGCACACUAAACACCACAAACCUGAGGAGCACUCACCCCUGGUGUUGCUGGCACACUCCCUUCACGGACGUGCACUCCCUCGAACAGAGAGGGCCAGAACAUGGUGCCGAAGACGGCAACGUCUCCCACAGGCAUGCAAACCCAUAUGCUGCAACCUGCUAAUGGCCAAACUCCACCGCAAAAAAACUACUCCUACCACCACCCUGCCUGCAGAUCCAGUGAUCCAUGCUCCUGCCCUGGAGGGCCGACACCACUCUGGGUCAGAGACCCGCAAGAAGCCCACCAGUCGCCUAUGCAGCCUACAGCACCUCCACAUCCCGAAGUACAGCCCUGAGAUAUGGAGAAGGCGGCUGCCGACAGUAAGCAGUGAGGGCCCCUCCUGGAGCACAGAACCCUGA